AUGACAGGAAGACAGCAGCGGUCGCUGCUGCUGCGGAUGCCGCCUCAGGUUCUCUUGAAUAUCACCAGUUACCUCAGAGUCGACCAAAAAGCCUGCCCCAGAAAAUCCCAUGGGCAGCCAGGCCCGAGUGUAUGGCAGCAGUGCCGGCUGCGAUACGUGGCUUUGCUGCGGACCUGCCAGUAUCUCAACAACACCCUGUUUCCCGACUACGCCGAAUGGGUCUUUGGCAAACUCGAUUCCAUGCUCUCCGAUGAAAGUUUGGACGUGUUCACGGACAUUGCCACUUCUCGCGUUGCCAUGUAUGGCCGGGAGAUCGAAGAAACGAUGAAAGAUUUCCUCGGGCGCCACCUGGGCUGUUUUACCGCUCUCGAGGGCCUCAGUCUUAGCUCUGAUCUGAAUUCAAAGGCUCUAGGCUUCCCCGCCACCUGCGACGCCUGCGGGGACGAUGAUGGUUUCAUCAGGAGGCCCGCCAUCUACGUCGACGCCAUUCACUUCACCACGCAGGAGCAGGCGGCCAAAUCCGCUGAUCUCGUCCUAUCCAGCAUCGCAAGCGCCGGUAUCCAUCUCAAGUCCCUGGCUCUCGAGGGGCGCCAGCCGCUUGACAUCCGCCCCAUCAUGCAGCAAGAGGACGCAGUCAGGAUGCUCGCUGAUCUAGACCGUCUCACCCUGGUUGGGGCGCCUCUAGAUCAGCAAGGCCUCGACGAACUCCUACCUCUUGCACACAACGUCAACUGGCUUUCGUCGACAACUAAACCCCCGGCGUUGCGUCAAUUGGACCUGGAAUUCGUGUGGCUCUCGCUCAAGAGCCUGCUGGCGAUUGUGCAGCGCUUAGGAUCCACCCUGCAAGUCUUGUAUCUCAAGGACAUUCAGCUCCAAGAUUUCGAGGACAAGAGCGAAAAUCUGUGGUCCCACUUCUUCAACGCCUUGGCCAAGACCCCGGGACUGGCACUUCGAGAGCUGUCAAUCCGUAAUGUUUGGCAGUCCACCACGCGAGGUCACAACCCUGUCUCGUUCGACGAGGACCUUGACACGGAGGAUGAUGUAUUCUAUGAGGAAUUCAAAUUGAAUAUCGAAUCGAAGGGGGAUCUUGAGGACGUCGCUAAAAACGCCCUUCUGGUUCUGGGCGACUUCUGA